AUGUGGAAUAAGAUUGUAAAACUUGGCAACGAUGGAGUCAGGCACUACUACUCCAAGUCUAAAAUCCAGCGUCCGAGAGUGAUCCGGGUGAAGAACAAUGUUGCGUACCUGGGGUCUCCAAAACGAGGGCCAAAGCCUCGACAGCUCCUGUCGCUGCCACCAUUCCCAGCUCAACCUUUACCCGGGAAGAAUUCUUCCACUAAUCGUGUUACUGCCAUUAGCUGGCUCAAGUAUUACUUCGAUGACAUACCUGGCAAUGUCAUUCAAUCUCACUUCAACAAAGGCCUUGUAGAAUGUGUCGACUCGAAUGUGCCAUCUGUAAGUAGGGGCAUGCAUAAGAAUUACAUGAGAAAGAUCAACCAUAAUGAGGUCUUGGAACCAGGGGUUCGAGUUUGUGUGCCUGUUUCUGUUGCCGAAGCAAAAAUAUCCAAGAGGUUUGACAUCAUACCAAGUGGGACUCUAUACCCAAAUGCAGAUGAGAUUAAUUAUUUACGAAGGCUUGUUAUCUACAAGGAUUCUGCUAUUAUUGUCCUAAAUAAGCCUCCGAAGCUUCCAGUCAAGGGAAACCUACCAAUUCAUAACAGCAUAGAUGCCUUGGCUGCUGCGGCAUUGUCAUAUGACUAUGAGGAAGGCCCUAAACUGGUGCACCGUCUUGAUAGAGAAAGUAGUGGGAUUCUCUUAAUGGGCAGAACGAAGGAAAGCAUUUCCUAUCUCCAUUGGUUGUUCAGUGACUUAAAUAAGUCAAAUUCCUUGUCUAAGGCUUGGGAUCAUGCUUGUGAGUCAGCAUAUCAAAGGUAUUGGGCGCUUGUUAUUGGUUCUCCCAAGGAGAAAGAAGGUCUUGUCUCUGCACCGCUAACAAAGGUAGUACUUGAUGAUGGUAAAACAGAAAGGAUUCUAUUGGCCAGUGGUUCAGGGCUUGAAGCUUCCCAAGAAGCUAUAACUGAAUUUCGAGUGCUUGGUCCAAUGAUUAAUGGAUGCUCAUGGAUUGAACUUCGUCCAAUUACCAGCGGAAAACAUCAGCUUAGGGUGCACUGUGCUGAGGCUCUUGGUACUCCAAUAGUUGGGGACUACAAGUAUGGCUGGUUUGUUCAUCGUAGAUGGAAACAAAUGCCUAGAGUUGAUUUAGAGCCAAACAGUGGGGAACCCUAUAGAAUUCGAAGGCCUGAAGGUUUGGAUGUUCAGAAAGGUAGCGUCUUAUCAAAGGUCCCCUUGCUUCAUCUGCAUUGUCGAGAGACCGUAUUGCCAAACAUCGAAAAGUUUAUAGAGUUUCAUAGCAGCAAAUCCAGCAGUGACAACCAGUCUGAGCUCAAGUAUAGUUCAAAACCUAAUCUCCUUCGGUUUGUGGCGUCUAUGCCAUCUCACAUGAAAAUUAGUUGGAAGCUAAUGUCGUCUUACUUAAUGUGA